GACCACAUCCCAGCAGCAUCCACUGCGACUGACCUUUUGCGCGCCCACAACCCCGCAAUACGUACAUAAGUCUUCUUGGGCUUCACGAACCUGUAGCGCAUAUCAAUCGCCACCACUUCCCGUCGACCAAACCUCCAAACCUCCUGCGACAACCGACGAUUACUCCGCAGCCCACCUGUUCACCGACCCAUCGCCCAAGAAACAUUCGCUAGAGCUGUGAACACGUCCGCUCGCAACAAUGGCGCACGCCGCCCAACAAACGCCCACCGAUACGCCUACAUCAUAUGUCGACCCCACAUACUCCCUGUUGAAUACAACAUGUCUUGAUCUGCUACUCAUAGAACUUGUCCCCAUGGCAUACCGUAUAGCUGCCGAUUUGGCGGCAAGAGAGGAGGAAUGGACACAUGGGUCGUCGGCUACAAAGUCAAAGAGGCUAUCCGGAGCAAGCGGCGAUGCGAGUAGCACCGUGGCAGGGACAAGCGUCGGAGGGCCGGCAGGCGGGACAGUAGGAGGCGGUGGUGGAACAGCGACAGUAGACGAGGAAGAAGCGAGGGAGGCGGUGUUUCAUCGACUGGAAAACCUGGGGUACAGAGUCGGGUUAGGCGUCGUUGAACGAUUCUCCCGCGACUCACCCCGUCCAACAAACCCGCUCGACAUCAUCAAAUUUCUCUGCAAAGACCUCUGGACGCUCCUCUUCCGAAAACAAAUCGACAAUCUCAAAACAAACCACCGCGGCAUCUACGUCCUCACAGACAACACGUUCAAGCCCCUCUCGCGAAUGUCCUUCGACACCAAGAAAUAUGAUGCCGCCAUGCAGACGGCGCUCGUGCAGCAGACAGGCGACCCGGCGCUGGGGCGCGACGCAAACACCCAAGCAAGAGUGCAGCCGUUUCUGUACUUCCCCGCGGGCGUCAUCAGAGGCUGUCUGGCCAGUCUGGGCAUAACGGCGACAGUCACGGCGGAAAGCGCUGCGCUGCCUGGUGCGACGUUUCAAAUACGGACUGCGGGUGCGAAGGCCUGAGCAUGGGGAUGGGCAGCAGCAUAUUUUCAGCGGCAUUGGGCGGCGUUUGGGAGGGUCAUGACUUGAUGAUGGCUUCAGAUACAGAAGAUCUCUCUGCUACGUUCGUAAUACAGAGUGGGCAGAUUCACUCAUGGUGUGUGGAAUCAUGUAAUGUGGAGUCUUUCAACACGCUGUUAGUUCUUUCGUUCUGCCAAAUCUAUGUAUGAGCCUGACGGCCUUGUGGUACUGUUCAUGGCCCCCAAAGUGUUGCCAUGCUUGAUGCAGUGGGAUUCUUUCUUGACGGAAGCAGCCAUCUAUACUUCCUCGCCAUAAAUAUCGUUUUGCAUUAUUCUUUCUCUUUUUGGAACCUGACAGCCUCUUUCCGCGCCCAUGGCGUCUCUCUUACCUCCACGAGAGCUC